UGUUUCAAGCGCCUUUACUAGGCUCCACCACAGAGAAUCUCCGGCUCUUCCUCCUUCGGAAAACAAAUCCUGUCCUAUGGGGGUAAAAUCGUCAAUGGGCAAUAUUAAUCUCAAGCCUGGUAAUCUGGUAUUCAUUAUCGAGGAGGCAAAACCGGGACCGGUGUUGGUGGACUCAAAGUGCGUUGAUUAUAUAGUGCUUCUUCUUGUAGUGUGGGAAAAAGAUUCUUUCGUAAUCGACGAUCUCCUUCUUCUUCUUUCUCUCUCUCCCUCUCUCUCUUGCUGACGCAUUGGGCUCUGCCAUUCUCUUCGUUGUAUAUCUUUAGUAGUAGGCAGAAAUUACUUCCCGUGGAAUGGGGAAAUCAGCGUUUCAUGAUUCUCUAAAAGCUCUGGAAGCUGAUAUUCAGUACGCCAAUGAUCUGUUAUUAGGGUAUCCGAGAGAUAAAGAUGGAGCAUGCUUUCAAAUGAGACUGUCAUACGGUCCAGGUGCUACCUUAUUUCUUUUUCUUGUUCAAUGGGCGGAUUACCACCUGGCUGGUGCUCUGGGUUUACUGAGAGUUCUAGUUUAUAUGACCUAUGGAGAUGGGAAGACCACCAUGUCAAUAUAUGAAAGGAAAGCAAGCAUUAAAGAGUUUAACUCGGUUAUAUUUCCUGCUUUGUUGCAACUUGAGAAGGGCAUCACAGAUUUGGAGGAAAAGAAACAAAAUGAAGUAUAUGCUAUUAGAUAUAAGAAGAAAGAAAAACAAUCAAAAUUUGACGUGGAAAGAGAAGAGGAGUGUGGAAUUUGCAUGGAGGUGAAGGCAAAAGUUGUGCUGCCUAAUUGCUGCCAUUGCAUGUGUUUGAAGUGCUUCAGGGAUUGGUGUGAGAAAUCCGAGUCAUGCCCCUUUUGCCGGGGAAAUCUUAAAAGGGUCAAUUCAUGUGACCUUUGGAAUUACAUAGAUGAGGGUGAUAUUAUGGAUAUCAGAGCGAUUUUCAAAGAGAACCUUAAGAGGUUGCUUUGGUACAUGGAGAAGUUGCCUAUUGUUGAUCCGGACCCCACGCAUGUCUCUUAUGAACCCUGUAGGAGUUAACGGCUAUAUUUACAGGCCUCAAGAACUUUGCACAUAACUGUUUCGCCGUACAUGCCAUUUUAGAUAGUAACUGAUUGUACAUAUUGUCCGGCUUAAUGUUCAUAGCAGUGGCUUCAUCUUAUGGUUCCAAGCAGGUUUGUGUCGUCUUUAUGCUUGAAGUUGAUAAUAUUUUAUUGUAAUGUAAUGGAACAGCCUUCCAGAAGAAUGGGAGGGCACAAUAUUUGCCUCAACUAGCUGAUUUAUCCUUGCGUUUCAGUUUCACACAAAAGCAAUAGAUGAGGAAGUCACUUUACAAUC